AGACGCAACAUCCGGCUUCUUCGAUCAGAAUAACGCCAUAUAAAAACGCCCCCGAAUGCGGUUCCAGUGGCUGCUAUUUAAAAGACUCACCUCUACUACAGUUUUUCCCAAGUUCAGCGCAAGAAGUCUUUGUGUUUUUGCUGUACAAGCCAUGGAUCCAGUGACAGUGGACCACUACCGCAGUGCAAUGGUGCUGAGUGGGGUUGGAGACGCCCUGGGGUAUUACAAUGGAAGCUGGGAGUUCUGCCAUUCUGGACCGGAAAUCCUGGAAGAACUGCAGGAGAUGGGAGGGCUGGACAAGGUCAAGGUUGAGUUACCAGAUUGGAUGGUGAGUGAUGACACUGUGAUGCAUCUGGCCACAGCUGAGGCUCUGAUGGAGGCCAGUGCGAAGGACCGUCCCAUCCUGUUCCUGACUCUGGCCAAACAUUACAAGGAGAGCAUGAACGACAUGCAUGGCCGAGCAGAAGGAUUGACCUCUUCAGAGGGCUGCGCCAAGCUCAAACCGAACCAAUCGGAUGGUUAUAUCAUUCCCUUCAACACAAGAGGCGUAGGCUGUGGUGCUGCUAUGAGAGCCAUGUGUAUCGGCCUGAGGUACCAACGACCCGAGGAGGUUGACUCUCUGAUCGCAGUCUCAGUGGAGAGCGGCCGGAUGACUCACCACCACCCGACAGGUUACCUGGGGUCACUGGCAUCGGCUCUGUUUACUGCCUACGCCAUACAGCGCAAGCCUGUGCGUGAGUGGGGAGCAGGGCUGAUGUCUCUCCUGCCUCGAGCCCAGCAGUACAUAAAGGACACCGGCAGGCAUGUACAGGAGAACCUGGACGCAUGGCCCUACUUCACAGAGAAGUGGCAGGCGUACCUGGAACAGCGAGGGAUCUCGGAUGGAACAUCGGAUCCAACCUUCCCCCAGGAGUACGGACCCAAGGAGAGAGACGACUUCUACAGGACUCUGAGUUUCUCUGGUUGGGCGGGGGCGAGCGGGCACGAUGCACCCAUGAUCGCGUACGAUGCUCUCUUGGCUUCUGGGGAUUCUUGGGAAGAACUCUGUAAAAGGUCCAUGUUCCAUGGGGGUGACAGUGACUCCACUGGCGUUAUUGCUGGGUGCUGCUGGGGCGCCAUGUAUGGUUACAAGGGAGUGCACGAAAACAACUACAAGAAUGUGGAGUACCGCUCGCGAUUGGAGAAGGCAGCAGAAGAGCUCUACAACCUCAGCCACACCACAUAGCCAGCAUUACCACUGGAUGCUGAAGAAUAUUGAAAUACCUUUAUUGUACAUUCAUGCCACGACGGGCUAGGUACAGGUCAAGACUUAACAGACACAUAACAAACGUAUGUAGAAA